UCGGCCGAGAAAGGCUUCGGAAACCGAGGACAGGCUGUGACAAGCAAAGGCUUUUUAUGCUAGGCAUGGAGCCACUCUUGCUAAUAUAAGCUUAUUGCUGAGAAAAAUGCUAAAAGAGCUGCGGGUCUUGUGAACCGGCGAACAAGCCUUUCUCUCCUCUGGUAUCUUUUCAAUGUGCUGACUCCGACUUAUGUAGAAUUCCUGCAGAAAGGAAGGAGCUUAACCUGAAUGUAGGCGAAAUCCAGAAACCACGUGUUGGAGAAUCAGCCCUGUACCCCUCGCAUGUCCUUCCUAUCCUGCCGCGAUAAAACCCUGCCUUAUUUAUUUUCAUAUGAUGCAAAAUAAUUCCAUCUCAAGAUGUGCAUCUGGGGAGCGGCGUUUCCAAGGCAGCGUUCUUUCCACGCUUCUUGACUAGACAGCUACUUGAGUGCAUUCUCUCUCCAGUAUCAUAUUAGUUUCGUGUACUGCUUCCCACAUAAACCCAUAUCUAAUUGUGAAUGAUCAGGACAAGAGUUAUUAUCUGAAGGGACUCCUGGUCCAAGAAAGAGCACAGCUGGCACUCUAUCCAUGAAUAUAGCUGGUUGAUUUUGUCGUGAUUAAGUGAGCCCGUUCCUGAAGAUGAAGAGGAAUUUCACCUUUCAAUAUAACAAGACCCAAAACACACCUUCAGAUCAACAAAAUAAUGGCUUUACCAGAAGAAGAUCCAAGUUUUGGAAUGGAUCGGCCAGACCUGAAUCCAACUGAAAAUUUGUGGCCUGGAGAUGCUCUUGCAAGCUGACAGAUUUGGGGUCUUUACAAAGAAGAGAGAUCUGGAAAUGCAAAAUGUGAAUUCAGAAAGACUAUCCUAAAACCAUGGCUUUGACACAGUUUCUUUGUAGGAGUCCUUAUUUUCUGAAACCUUUAUCCGCGACCAGUUUGGGAAGAACGUUGAAGAUUCCUGUGGGUUCUUGGAAUGAUUAUUUAAGAAAGGUCUCUGUUCAUGAUGGCAAAUCCUUUUCUACUAAAAUAGUCCUGGGAAUAGAAACGAGCUGCGAUGAUACAGGAGCUGCUGUGGUGGAUGAAACUGGUAGCAUUUUAGGAGAAGCAUUACAUUCUCAAACUGAUGUUCAUUUAAAAACAGGUGGCAUUAUUCCUUCAGUAGCACAACAGCUUCACCAAGAAAAUAUCGCAAGGGUAGUACAACAUGCGGUCUCAGCCAGUGGCGUCAAUAUGGAGGAUAUCUCGGCUAUCGCAACAACUGUGAUGCCAGGACUUGCGUUAAGCCUUGGAACCGGAUUGAAAUAUAGUUUAGAACUGGUGAAGAAACAUCAGAAACCUUUUAUCCCUAUCCAUCAUAUGGAAGCACACGCACUUACCGCCCGACUGACGGAUCUUGUAGCAUUUCCUUUUCUUGUCCUUUUACUCUCGGGGGGUCACUGUAUACUGGCAGUAGCUCAAGGAGUUUCAGAUUUUCUUCUCCUUGGACAGACCAAGGACAUCGCACCGGGGGAUAUGCUUGACAAGGUAGCUAGAAGUCUUUCUCUACAUAAUCAUCCAGAGUGCUCUGGCAUGAAUGGUGGGAGAGCAAUAGAAACCUUGGCCCAGCAGGGUAACAUUCUGCGUUACAAAUUCACAAUCCCGAUGCGGCGAUACCAGGAUUGCACCUUCUCUUUUGCUGGAUUGCAAAGCGAAAUCACUAGAAAGAUUUCAAAAGAAGAAAAGGCAGAAGGCCUUCUGGAAGGGCAACAUCUCUCCUGUCUUCCGGAUCUUGCUGCCGCAGCCCUGCAUGCAAUGACUGUUCACAUUGCUGAGCGAACACAUCGGGCUAUUCUCUUCUGCAAAGAGAAAGGAAUCAUACCCCCAGGAAAGGAAACUUUGGUAGUUUCAGGAGGUGUCGCAAGUAACCAAUAUAUCCGUAGAUCUCUGCAACUUCUAGCAGAUGCUACUAAUUUCACAUUGGUUUGUCCACCUCCAAGGCUUUGCACUGACAACGGUGUUAUGAUUGCAUGGAAUGGAAUUGAAAAACUUUCUGCAGGACUAGAUAUCUUUUAUCAUUUAGAAAAUUUCAGGUACGAACCAAAAGCUCCACUUGGAACUGAUAUCUCAGAACAAGUAAAAGAAGCUUUCAUCAAAGUGCCAGUGCUAAAUCUAGCAGUAUGAUGUUUGAUAUUUUUCAAUUGUCUGGAAAAAAAGUGAAAUUGUUAUUUUCAAAAAAGUUUUUAAUGGGAACUCCAUUUUAUUGCCCCCUAGUCAUCUGGACCAAUUAUGUGACAUUGCCAAAUAAUUUAAUUAUAAGCUGAGGAAAAAUUAAGAUAUGAACAUGAAAAAAACAGGAGAUACAUUUUUUAGUCACUAUAAAGAAGAAGGGGUUUCUAAACAUUUUAUUGUUUGUAAAUUUGGACAUAUGUUCCAUUAUCGAUUAAUUUAUGGCAUUUUUCAGUGGUUUAAUAAUAAUUGUUUGCAGAAGUUAGAUAUUGUGCAUGUUUGGUCUGAAUUUAAAAUAAUACCAACAAAAAUAAGGGGGGGGGGAGUAAGUGCAGUACCCAGCUUCCCCACUUAAGUAAUCUUGGUUUGCAAAUAAAUAUUGCUGAAAUAAAUCUUCAAUAUCACCCAGUAUAAGUGAGCACAUGUCAGUUUUUACAUCUGUUUAUAUAUGUAUGCAAGUGGAUAUAACUGCCAGAAGCUAUGUUCCAAAAAGCAUAGAAGCAGGACACCCCCCCCCCCCAAAAAAUCACUUUGGUUCAAUUAAUAACUACUAAAUACAAUUGCUUGUAAAAUAAGGUUCUCCCUUUACCAAAUGGAUUGAUUUCCAUUAAUAUAUAAACCAACCAUACUUUCUCUUGGAUGCAAACCACUCCAACACAACAGAAAUGCACAAACACAUGCACAAAUAUUUCCUUCCCUUCUUCCAGCAAAAACAGCUGAAAGUUAAGGGGAGAAAAA